GCUCCGUGUAUUGAGAACCGUGACAACCUUGUGUCAUAAAUUAUAUGACUAUUGAUUCUUAUACUUUUUAUGUUCGACCAUUUUUCAAAUUUUUAUUUUACUGAAUAUCUUUAAACCUUCGAAAAAUAUGAAGGAAAAUAAUCAAAUAACAUAAUUUAUUAAAAUAAAACUGACUACUUUAUUUUUUUUUUUAAUGAAUACAGUUAUUAGGAUUUUUAAACCAUUUGGGUAACAAUGAAUUUUUGAUACAAUAUGAACUUCAAAUUAUGUACAUACCUACGUCAUUAAAAUAACUAAAAUAAUUUUACUAUUAUUAAAUCAAUUUUACACAGAAAUAUCAAACUUAACAUAUUAUAAGGCGCUGAAUAGUUGUUAUAAAAUAGAUACAAGUCGUUUUUUUUCUAUUUCAAUAAAAUACAACCAGUAUUAGAAAAGAGUUUAAAAUUAUUUUACAUAAAAGUAUAUCAUAUAAUAAAUUUCAUUUUAUAAAAUAAAAAAACAUGUCGAAGAAAUAUAUUUUUUAUGAGUUUUUCUUAUUUUGGCAAUUAAGUCAAGUUUUAGGUGUUUAUUAUGAUACUCAAUGUGAAGAUUUUAAAAAAUACGUUAUUAACUCAUUAAACCACAUUCGUGUUCAAAAUGGAUGGGCCUCAAUUCAUCAACCAGAAAUUAAACUUGAGCACUUAACAAUUAAUACCGAAACCGUAACAAGUCAAAUUAUCGAUGAAAGUAACUUUAUACAAAAACUCUACUAUAUAACUUACCUAUUAAAUUGUCAAUUUACCAAUACAAUGCAAACUUUCAAUGUAAUGUUAGGCCUUGUUUUAAAUAAGUGUGAAGUUAAAUAUUUAAUAAAUAAACAAUAUGAUCAAUUGGAAUAUUGCACAAGGCUAAUUAUUUACAUUUUUAAUUUUUCAAUAAAUAUGUUUAAAGAAAUGUUGAAAGUAUUAAAAUAUCUCGACAAAAUCGAUCUACGAAUUAUAGACUCGACUAUGGUUACUAUUAAAACUGUAGAUGAUGAAAUAAAUCAUUUUCACACAUAUGCAAUUGAGUUAAGUAAUAUUUCAUUAUUUGAACUACCUAGUACUUUUAAUUGGGUCAAUACUUUUGAAAACAUAAAACAUUUUAAUAAAAAAGCGGAAUUAAUGAUAUCAAAUCUCUACAAAAAUAGAAAAGUGUGUGGGACAGAACACGAAAGUUCCAUUUUAGACAAAUUAUUGAUGAAAUACAAUAUCGAUCAAAUGGAAAAAAUGGUAGAGGACUCCAACGAAUUUAUCAAUGAUAUUUUUAAAGAUCUUGAAUUAUAUUCUACCGGAAUAAUUGAAAAUUGUUAUUCAAAAUUGGGAUUUGAGCAUCUAGAAAGUACAAAUACGUUCGUGUAUAUUCAUUCCAAAAGAAGGAUAUACGGCUAUAAUGAAGGAAUUGUAUUGUGUAAUCAUUUUAUUUCUCAGACUGGUUGGAUGUCAUGGAAACAUAUAUCUGUUAAAACUGAAUUUACAAAUGGAAAAUCACUUUAUUUCAAAGACAUUAUAUCUACAGUUGAUAAGGAAAAUUAUUAUUUUGUGCGGACAUAUCUUUCACUUAUUUUAAGAUGUCGCUAUAUUGAAAUAUUUCAUAAUUUUAAUAUAAUGUUGGGACAUAUAGUUAAUGUUUGUAAAUAUGAAAAUAAAAUGAAUUGUGCAGUUAAGCUUUAUGAAACACUUAUGACAUCCGAUGACAUGUUUAAAAAUAUGUUNUGA